CGUACUUGCAUAUAAUUUUAUUGUCGUUCGUUCUUACACUUACACCGUGUGAAAAAUGAAAUACGCGUGAUUUACUAUUCUGGAAAACGGGAUAAAGAUUCAGAAUUAGAAUAAAGUGAAAGGUACAAAAGGAUUGCUAAAUAAAUUGAUAACAAGCAAAGUAGAACCAUGGCGGAAGGAGGGGAGACGAUAGAAAAUGAUACAGAACCUUACAGGAGAGUUUUAGAUAAAUGCAGGAGAAAAUUUGUAGAUGAUCUUGAACCCAUUGCACUAUUGGACGUCUUUGUUGAAGAAGACUAUAUUACAAACACAAAGGAACGAGAUAUAAAGGAGCUUCCGAACACUUCGUACAUGAACCGACAAAUCUUGGAUAUUGUUAGGCCAAAAGGUAUUACUGGAUAUAUUCAAUUCAAAACCUACUUGAGAACGUCUCGCCAGGAGUAUUUAGCUGAUCAUCUGGAAUCCACUGAAACUCAACUUAUUGGAACAACUAUUAAAGAUGAAAACAAUGCACAAACUGUCACCAAAAACACAGGCUAUACAUGCACGGUCUGUGAUGUUGCAUAUGAAACUGUGGAGCUAUUGGUACAACAUACACAAACCAUGGAACAUCUUGAUCUGAUUCAGAAGCAAGAAACAUUUGCAAAAGAGAUUGUAGAAGAUUCAACUGAAGAUAGCAACGACAUGUCGGAAGUUUCGAGUGUAAACGAGGAAAAUGUAUUUGAUUCCUCUGUCCAAGUCAGCAAAUGUUACAUUUGCGAUGUUUCUUUUACAUCUUCGUCGCAUGCAGAUAGUCAUUUAAGUGGAAAACCUCACAAAAAGCGGAAAUCACUGUUUGAAACGAGAAGUCAGAUGUCUAGUCCUGGUUCCAGUGAAAGCCAUACAGUUAAAAUGAAGGUUGUAGACCAGCCUGAUUGCGGUUUAUCUUUAAGAGUAGAAACAUUGAGUUUGGGGAGCAAUACAGGCAUAAUUGAGGAACGCAGAAGGAUGCUUUUCUGUGAGGUUUGUCAAGUUCCAUUCACUGGGAUAGAAAGUGAAAAGCAACACUAUGAUAGUGAUAAGCAUAAAAAGAAAGUAAGAGUACUCGAACAGCAGAAACAAGGCGAGGCGUUUCCUUUGCAAUGCGAAAUCUGCAAUUCCAGCUUUAAUGGCCAAGAAAGUGCUAAGGCGCAUUUUAACAGCGACAAACACAAGAAGAAAGCGAGUACAUCACUCACUGAAGGCUCGGCUCUAUCAUGUGAUGCUUGCAACUGUUCUUUUAGCGGUCCUGAAAAUGCAGCGGCUCAUUUUGCCAGUGAAAAGCAUAAGAAGAAAGUGAGUGUAUCACUCACUGAAAGCUCGGCUCUAUCAUGUGAUGUUUGCAACUGUUCUUUCACCGGCCCUGAAAGUGCAGCGGCUCAUUUUGCGAGUGAAAAGCAUAAGAAGAAGGAACUCAAAGCAAAAUCAGACGCACCUGAAGAAAGUUUACUGUCUUGUGCCAUCUGUAAAUGUCCGUUUUCUAGUGAGGAAAAUGCCAAGCAACAUUAUGCGGGAAAGAAACACAAGAAAGCACUUGCUAUUUAUCAAGAAAGUGAAAGGCGUUUAAAGGCAAACUUUCAAAGCAACAGCAUGUCUUAUAAUGAGGGUAGCAGCGUUACUAAUAAUGAGAGUAACAAUAAUAUAGCGGCCAAUAGUGACACCAACAACGCGGCUCAGAGUGACCGAUACAAAGCUGUCGAGGGUGACCGUAAUCAUUUUAAUGACGACACCAACUCUGCUCAAUCAACCACCGAAGCAGAUCCCGAAAAUGAUAAUCAUGAAAAUUCCGAUGAAGAUGAAGAUAUUUCAGCUGAUAUAGAACGUUUACUUUUAGGGGAAAACUGAGAAAAAAAAAGGAUAGAUGAUUUUGCAUUUUACUUCAAAAGUACCAGCCUGAGUAAAAUAAACUUUUUCUGAUACAUGCUACAAUUUCAUUAUCCUGUCUGUUUUAAUUUGUAUUAAUAUAUUUUGAUAUAAGAAAUAACUUGUUUGUAUAUUUAAAUGUCGUGUAACUUCUGCCUUUACAUGCAUGGAAUGUGAUAGAAGGCAUUAAAAUACAAGCAAACAUUGUUUAAGUUUGCAUUUGCCUGUAAACUGACUUUUCUAAUUCAACACUUAACCUGCUGGAUUUUAGUACUGGAUUUUCAAUUCAUAGUCCAUUCAAAGUUCAAGGUAUUUCAGUUCCAAAGUGCAAAAGCCCCAAGCUUCCAAACGUGUAAAGCCUUACCAGGAGACAAGGAUGUGCACACUUGUCAGUGGCUCUAUACUGGUGACAAAGGCUAAUCAAUUUAUGUUCUGACAGGUUAUGGGUUGGUGAGGUUAUGAAAAUGUAUACAUAGUUCGAAAUGACAUAUGCUUCAAUAUGUUUGCUCAAAUUUAAUCAUUAACAUCCAUUAGUCAUAUAAAAUCAAACGAUUCUAGUGCGGAUUUAUUUUACCUGUAAUACAUCUAUCUUUGAUAGAUAAUUUGAUCCUGAUAUCAAAAAAAUGAUGUUUAUAGAUUAAAGAAAAAUAUGUAUGUGGCGCAUGUGUGAAAUUACCGCUAAGCCUAUUUAAAGAGCAUUCUAAUAUUUAAUAAGAAAUGUUUUGUUUUCAUAUAAACUACAUUUUUUUUUAGAUAAAAGAGACAAUUUAAAAUUUCUCUCCAAUUAUGAUAAAUAGAAUAUGAAAGCAACGAAAAUAUACAGUUUUUAAAUGUUGUUGAUAUAUUUUGCAAGUUAUACUUAUAUAUACCCUUUAAAGUUAUUAAAUUUUUAUGACAAUCAAAUUAUUUGAUUAUACAUGUAUUUAUUUGUUUAAGAGAUGUAUUUAAAAUUUAACUUAUUAAUUUAAAGCAAUUAUUUAUGAACUCUGGAUGCUGUGGCUUUUUAAUUUAUGCUUGUUUAUUUCGAUUGGAUUAUUUACAUGUAUAUGAAAAAUAAUUCUAUGUACAAUUGAUUGAAUACAUUAAAUGAAAA